AUGAGCCAUCGAAAAUUUGAACAUCCACGUCAUGGAAACUUAGGCUUCUUGCCUAAAAAACGAGCUCGCCGUCAUCGUGGAAAAGUAAAAUCAUUUCCAAAAGAUGAUCCCAAAAAACCAGUUCAUCUUACUGCUUUUCUUGGUUACAAAGCUGGUAUGACCCAUAUCGUUCGUGAAGUCGAUCGACCAGCUUCAAAAUUAAACAAAAAGGAGACAGUUGAAGCUGUUACAAUUAUUGAGACUCCACCAAUGGUUAUCGUCGGUGUUGUCGGUUACAUCGUUACACCACGCGGUCUCCGUGCAUACAAGACCAUCUAUGCUCAACACUUAAAUGAAGAAUGCCGUCGUCGUUUCUACAAGAACUGGUAUGCUUCGAAACGAAAAGCCUUCAGCAAAUAUUCGAAGAAAUGGGACGAUGAAGCCGGUAAAAAAGCCAUCGAAAAUGACUUCAAACAGAUGACCAAAUACUGCAAAGUCAUCCGUGUCUUGGCACACACACAAGUAAAAUUACUCCGUAAACGACAAAAGAAAGCGCACAUUAUGGAAAUUCAAUUGAACGGUGGUACUGUUGAACAAAAAAUUGCCUAUGCUCGCGAACAUUUGGAAAAACAAGUACCAAUCACUCAAGUCUUCUCCAAAGACGAAAUGAUUGAUACCAUAUCGGUUACCAAAGGUCGUGGUUUCAAAGGUGUUACAUCACGUUGGCAUACACGAAAAUUACCACGUAAAACACACAAAGGUUUACGAAAAGUCGCUUGUAUUGGUGCAUGGCAUCCGGCUCAUGUCUCUCGUUCCGUUGCACGCGCUGGUCAAAAAGGUUACCAUCAUCGUACCGAGAUCAACAAGAAGAUCUACCGCAUUGGUGACGCCAUCCAAGUUAAAGAUGGAAAAUCAGUUAAAAACACCGGUUCAACUGACCACGAUCCAACAGAGAAAACAAUUAAUCCAAUGGGUGGCUUUCCUCAUUAUGGUGAAGUACGUCAAGAUUUCAUCAUGAUUAAAGGUUGCUGCAUUGGUCCAAAGAAACGACCUAUUACAUUACGUAAAUCAUUGAUUCUUAAUCCUAAACGUUCACACCGUGAACAAAUCGAUUUACGUUUCAUCGAUACAUCGUCGAAAUUUGGUCAUGGUCGAUUUCAAACUCACGAAGAGAAGCGCAACUUUAUGGGUCCACUCAAGAAACAUCGUCUUCAAGAGGAACAACAAGCCCAACCAACAACAACAACAGCAACAUCGCAAUCUCAAUCUGCAUAG